AUGGCACAGUACAAUGACUUGACGAACAACGACAACUUGCAAUGCUCAGAAAUGUUUCAAAGGGCUCCAUCACCAGAAUUAUUCCCAGAAAACGUUCCCGGUGCCUGGGAUUUGAAUCGAGAGAAUGAAGUUUUAAUGCCUGGUUCAGGCCACAAUCGAUUCCGUACUGACUUAGAACCAGAAGACGUCAAAUUAGUAAACGACCUUGGAAGAUUAACCCCUGACCAAUUAGCAGAAUAUAUCAAGGCAUUGCAAAGCAGCGCUUUCACUUUGGGAAUCGAAGAAGGUGUGUUAAUUCACUUCACCUUCCAACUUCUUUUUCACUCAUUUCUCCUCACAAACCGAAGCAGUUUUCUAAAGCCAAAGUCUUACAGAUAUUCAAGAAGUGAUCUUUGA